UGUAAUGAACACAAUUUUUAAAUUUUGUUGUGUUUGUAGGUUUCCCCAGGGUAAAUAAGAAAUAAAUAAACAUCAGUGUUCAAACAAGUUUCUUCAGGCUCCUUUGUUUUUGAUACCAGAAAUGCAUAAUAACAACAAUUAUAAGAAGUAAUAAUAAAGACAAGAAUAUUCUGAGAUUUGUGAUGCUAAUGUACAAUUUUAAUUUAAAAAAAAAUAAAAAAAAUAUAGGCCUACAUGUAUGCAUUCGCUACAAAUUAUUGGUUAUACAAAUAUUUGUACACAAACGAGUCAACGUUUCAAUAAACACCUUACAAACUGUCCGUAUUAUUACCGAACUAGUGUGAGAAGGAUCGGGUACCCCAUGAGUGUCGUGUACGUGGAAUUUGAAGAAGUUUGGUACCAGAUCUGAGAUGGAAGUUGUUUGUCUACUAAUAACAAUAGUCUCAAACCGAACCUUGGCAUUUCGAUCAAUGUUUUCUCUUUUGUCAAUGGUAUAAUGUGUCGAUAGCCUAUAAUUUCCUUUCAGUAUAUUCUACCCACACUGGGAGACCAAUAAUGUUUAUUGAUCCGUAUUUUUGUGUUGAGGUGCAUCUUCGCAGAUGGCCCACAACCUGUUCAAUGAGGUGGGGGUUUGUGUUCGCUCCACGGUUCGCAAAGCGCUUCGGCUUUAGUGGAGCUGGCUCCCCUCUGGGAUACCCACAGGUCUUUCGCAUAACACAUAACUGUUAAUUCCUUUGAUUUGAGAGCAACAUUAGUAGCAUACGAAUCGUAUUAUAUUUUGUGAAUUCCUACGGGCUGGUGUUGAAACGAAGAUGUGUGGGGACAGCACCUUCUCGUCAAGAUGAGUCCCAUGAUUCGAACUUAAUGAUCGCUGAUCACGAGCCAAGAGUAGAAGAGAACUACGUACAAUAUUCAGUACUCAUGAAUAUUCAAAUUCUUGAGGCUGAUGUCAGAUCACCUUCCUUAUAACCCUAGCGGGGUUAGAGUAACAAACCCAACUUUGGAGAAAACACGACUUGAAAUAUUCCUUCCUUCCUUAGACUCCACACCAGACGGAGGUGACAAGUUAGUGAAUGAGACCGAGGAGACACGAGAGGGCGUUCGGUCAUGCCCCUUGGAGGAGGUUUGGAGUUCCAUGAGUAAAUCUUCACCUCUUGAGGGCGUAUCCAACAUGGCGCAUCCGCUGUACAAAUCCUCCAGGGAUUCAGGUAGCAACGUCCCACCUAAAUUGAAAACUCGAUUCACUACUACCACACCUGUAGGGAACGAAACCAGCUCGCUGUCCGCAGCGGCUUCACAGACAAACUCAGCGGGGAUACUGGGGGAUUUAAACGGCCUUCCAUCCAGGCCUGGAUUCAGUAAGGAUGCCAAGUUCCUGUCAAGUUAUUCUCACAAUUAUGGACAUAGCGAAGGAGGUAAAACAUGGUGGUCAUCCAAGUGAACAUUACAAGAAGAAUUCUAGGUAAACUUUCAUUGAACACAAGUUUAUUUCUUUAGACGAAUACACAACUUUACAAAGCUAAUGUAUAUAG